AGUAACUGCAAGUUCUCCAACUUUCCCACCCCAACACAUUCUUGUCUAAUUGGAAUCUCUAAGAAUAUAUUCUUUCACUGAGACUAUAUGUAAGAAUACACGGCUCAAGACCCAGCCUAUAGAAGGUAGUCAGUCUUACUGUUAACUCUACAAAACUGAACUGCAUUUGCCAGGGACCAGCGGAUUUACUCAUUUAGAAAGACCCUUCAAAUAUAGUCACUAUUACUCACCCUUUCAUCAUUAGGAAUUAAGAAACACCAGCAAGAGGGCUGGCAGUCUGAAUGGUUAAUGAUGCUAAGCAAAGAAUAAAAAGCAGAACAGAAAGAUCUGAUAAGCUUAAAUUGGGCGAAGGAAGGGGAAGAAAGCAUCGAGGCUGUUCUUCGAGUCAGUGCUUCUGGGGCACAUGAGAUUUACUUAAACAAGAAAUGUUAACGGUUCACAGCUCAAGGUCGAACCCCCCCCUUGGUGGGGCUUCAUGUCUCCGCACCAUGAGGAGCAGAUACAUUGCAUUUCUUCCAGGGCUCUGUGUCCUGCUAAUGUCGUUGGGAGCGGUUGCCCAGAAGGCUGGAACGCCCUGUGCCCGGUGCCCACGGAACGCCCACUGUGUCAACGCCACUGCCUGCCUCUGUGACCCCGGAUUCGCCGAGUUGUCUGGAAAGACCAUCUUUAACAACUCCUUAGGGGUCUGUACAGAUAUCGACGAGUGUGGCCCGCCUUUCUACCUGUCUUGUGGAAGCCUGGCGGAGUGUCACAAUGUGGAGGGGAGCCACUACUGUGAGUGCACCUCUGGGUAUGAGCUCUUUUCCGGGGGCACGGGAUUCAGAAGUGAGAAGGAGAACACUUGUCAAGCAAUUCCCUUCUCCUCGUGGACGCCUCCUCCUGGAGUCAACAGCCAGAGUCUCUCCCACUUCUUUGACAAAGUCCAGCAGUUGUCCCUGAACUUCACACCAGCCUCGGCCAACACCACCAUCCAGGACCUCCUGCAGGAGGUGGACGAGCUGCUGGAGACCCCUGGGGACCUGGAGACCCUGCCCCGCUCACAGCAGCACUGUGUGGCCGGCCACCUGCUGGCAGGCCUGGAGGAUGUCCUGAGGGGCUUGAGCAAGCCCCUGCCCGAUGGACUGCUGACCUUCGAUUACUCCGCAGGCACAGAACUCUUCCUGGAGGUACAGGCGCGAGGGGUCCGGGACGUCACCUUGGGCAAGAGUUACGCAAAGAUGCAGCUCAACUGGGAUGUGGCCCAGGAGUCCGGUGACUUGGGCCCUUCCGUGGUGGGCCUGGUGUCCACUCCAGGGGUGGGCAGGUUGCUGGCGGGGGCACCCCUCGUCCUGGAGCCUGAAACGCAGGCGGCUCUGCACGAAGCACACAAGGGCUGGCUGCAGGACGGUGCCCCCGUCCUGCUCUCGGAUGUCACCUCUGUCUUUCUGAGCGACAAGGCCACACAGAGCCUCAACGUCCAGGCGACCUUCACAUUCCUCCACCGCUCGGUGGCGACCUCCGGGCCGAGGCAGAAGGUGUUCUGCGCCUUCUGGGAGCGUGGCCAGAAGGGGUGUGGACACUGGGCCACCACAGGCUGCAGGACCGUGGACCCCGGAGACACCAGCACCACCUGCCGCUGCACCCACCUCAGCAGCUUCGCCGUCCUCCUGGCCCCCUACGGCGUGCAGGAGGAGGACCCUGUGCUGGCCGUCGUCACCUACGUGGGGCGCCUCUCGCUGCUGUGCCUCCUCCUGGGCCUCACCUUCCUGCUGUGCAGAGCCAUCCAGAACACCAGCACCUCCCUGCACCUGCAGCUCUCGCUCUGCCUCUUCCUGGCCCACCUCCUCUUCCUCACGGCCAUCGACCGGACGGAGCCCCGGGCGCUGUGUGCCCUCGUCGCUGGCGCCCUGCACUACCUCUACCUGGCCGCCUUCGCCUGGAUGCUGCUGGAGGGCCUGCACCUGUGCCUCGCCGCGCGCAACCUGACCGUCGCCAACUACGCGCGCGUGAACAGAUGCGUGGGGAAGCUCAUGUUCCCCGUGGGCUACGGCGGCCCCGCCGUGAUCGUGGCCAUCUCUGCAGCGUGUCACCCUCACCUUUAUGGGACCCCUGCCCGGUGCUGGCUCCACACACACAAAGGAUUUAUAUGGACCUUCCUUGGACCUGUCUGCACCAUCUUCUCUAUUAAUUUGGUUUUGUUUCUGGUGACCUUCUGGAUCGUGAGAAAAAAGCUCUCCUCACUCAACAGCGAUCUCUCCACCCUCCAGAAGACAAGGAUGCUCACAUUUAAAGCGACGGCUCAGCUCUGCAUCCUGGGCUGCACGUGGUGUCUGGGCACGCUGCAGGUGGGCCCAGCUGCGCGGGUGAUGGCCUACCUCUUCACCAUCAUCAACUCGCUGCAGGGCGUCCUCAUCUUCCUGGUGUACUGCCUCCUCAGCCAGCAGGUCCGGGAGCAGUACAGGAAGUGGUUCAAAAAGAUCAGGAAAUCGAGAGCUGGGUCUGACAUGUACACGAUCUCUAGCAAGGCUGGGUCCGACACCUCCAGACCCAGCACGGGAACUGCACUCGUCUUGACUCUUACCCAUGAAUACUCUUACUGAAUAUCUACUAUGUGCCAUGCAUGGGUAACUAAAUAAGCAGGAAUCGAUGAACCGAAGCAGCGAUGUGCAAUGUACUCAGAGACGAGUUAUAGUGCUCUCUUCUGCUUUAGAUCACUGUGUGUCUGUACCUAACUUGACCUUCGCACAUGACUAUCCCCUCGUGUUGAGCACACGCCUUGAGUGAAACAUCGUGCGUGUGCUUUUUCUUUCAUUGGAAGAAACAAAACACUCAAAAGCAGUAGAAGAUAUUCUAGUGAGCUACACAAGCAGGAGUUAAUGAUCCACCAGCUGCUAAGGGUCACAAUGCCAUCCUUACCCUAGAAGUCAUUCAAUGUCACCCCCUAAAUGAAGAACAAUAAAACAUGGUAUAUUUAUUAUAUAUACAUCUAUCCAUCUAC